AUGGAUCCACAGAGUGUUGAGAGACCGCCCAGCGUGCUGCUGGCGCACCGGAUGCAGGGCCACCCAGUUCUCGUCGUUGGCGGCGGUGUCGUCGCGCAACAGCGACUCGAGAAGCUUGUUCCAACGGGGGCCCGCGUCACUCUGGUGGCGGACCAUUUCACUGCCGCUGUGGAACAGACCGCCUUGCAGUGUCCUCAGCAAGUGAGGCUUGUGCGCGAGAGGUACCGCGAGUCACACUUGAAUUUGGAGCCUUACUGGCGGCUGAUCCUCGUGUGUCUCCCCAGUGGAGCCGCCAACCACUCGGACGAUGCUAAGGGGCAGAGCAAGAGCGAGAGCGACAGUGAGAAGGUGUACAGGGAUGCGAAGAGAGUGUUUGGAGCGCAACAGUCCGUGAACGUCGCUGACGUGCCCGCUCUGUGCGACUUCUAUUUUGGAGCGGACACGAGUGGCUGCCCCACUGGCAAGGGGGAGGGUCAAUUGGGAUCCAUGCAGUUGCUAGUGUCCUCCAACGGCGUCGCACCGAGGUACGCUGCCCUGGUCCGCGACGAGCUUGUGCGGCAUUUGGGGGAGCUUCCUCUGGCACAGUCUUUGGAUCGGCUCGACGAGUUGCGUGCCGCUGUGAGAGAGGAGGCCCCAGGGCCAGAGAUGGUCGCGGUCCGUAUGGAUUGGGUUUGUGCUCUGACGGACCGGCUCGGGCUACGGGGGGCCGCGUCAAUGGACGUCCAGGAGGAACUUAAAAAGUUCAAAGACUACUGCAAGGAACGAGGCGAGCAAGUCAAAUCACCAAGCCAAGACAAUUAG